CUGGACACCGACCUGUCUCCAGCACGCUGGCCAUGGACACACUGGGAAGGCUGCUCCUGGCUGCUCUGCUCCUAGUACCUGCCGAGGCCCAGCAGGCCUCAGAGCGCCGCCUGAAGCCCUGGCUGGUGGGCCUGGCCGCUGUAGUGGGCUUCCUGUUCAUAGUCUUCGUCCUCAUGCUGGCCAACCGUGUGUGGUGUUCCAAACCCAGAUCAGAUGAUGAAGAGGUCACAGUCAGAAUGGAGGCCAGUAUGAACGAGUACAUGGAGCCAAGUAAAACAGAGAAGAAGAAGCAGAAAAAGCAGAUGAACAGGAAGGGUGGUCACAGCAAUGAGGGCUUGGAACUGGACGAGAAGGAUUCCUCAGAUGACGAGAGAGACAAGAAAACAGCCUUGUAAAGCUCCUGCACACACCAGUCAAGGAGCAGCCGUCAUGGAAAUCCAGACUGGUGACACCUGAUCUCAAAACUGUCCCCAAGUGAGGAGGCCAGCUCUGCAUGCCAUGUGUACAAUACUGUUCACCACCUCCCCCACCUGCC